AUGGAGGAGGCGGAGGAGGGCCGCUGGGACUGGGGCUGCCCCGCCACCCGGGCCCGCCUGGAGGACCUCUACCUGCCGGGCCACAGCGCUGAGGAGCGGCGCGAGUUCUGGUCCUUCUGGGAGCGGCUGCGUCGCUUCCGCAGCCGGCAGAAGGGGCCGGAGGGGCCCGGGUCGCCUGCGCCUGAGCUCCGCCCGGGGCCCCCAGCGGGGCUGCCCCGGGAGUACGACCCCCGAGAGCGCAUCUGUCUGCGGGUGCCGGUGCGGGAGCUGGCCGGCGUGGCCCCGGCUCGGGUGCGGGAGUUCCGCCUGGCCCUCCUGCACUUCCUGGACUUCUGCCAGAAGCAAAGCUUUGCCCGCCUGGCGCGGCUGCAGCGGGAACGGGCCGCCUUGCCCAUGGCCCGCUACAGGGAGCCGCUGCUCCGGGCCGUGGCAAGCAGCCAGGUGGUGGUGGUGGCCGGGGACACGGGCUGCGGCAAGUCCACCCAAGUGCCCCAGUACCUUCUGGCCGCCGGCUACGCCCACGUGGCCUGCACUCAGCCCCGCCGCAUCGCCUGCAUCGCCCUGGCCAAGCGGGUGGCCCAUGAGAGCCUGCAGCAGUACGGGGACCAGGUCGGCUACCAGAUCCGCUUUGAGAGCACGCGCUCGCCAGCCACGCGGGUUGUCUUCCUGACGGAGGGGCUGCUUCUGCGCCAGGCCCAGCGCCAGCCCACCCUGCCCGGCUACUGCGUGCUGAUCGCUGACGAGGUGCACGAGCGCCACCUGCACGCCGACUUCCUCCUGGGCGUCCUGCGCCGGCUCCUGCUGGCCCGGCCUGACCUCAAGCUGGUGCUCAUGUCUGCCACCAUCAACAUCCGGCUCUUUGCGGACUACUUUGGCGGGGCCCCUGUGGUGCAGGUCCCCGGACGGCUCUUCCCCAUCACGGUCCUGUAUGAGCCCAUCCGGCCCGAGGAGAAAACCAGUGGGCGUAAGGAGCGUCUGGACCCCCGGCCCUUCCUGCGGGUGCUCCAGGCCAUCGACCACAAGUAUCCCCCGGAGGAAAGGGGAGACCUGCUCGUCUUCCUUAGCGGCGUGGCAGAGAUUGGGGCCCUCGUGGAGGCCGCGCAAACCUACGCCACCCUCACGCAGCGCUGGGUGGUCCUUCCUCUUCAUAGCACCCUCUCUGUGGCCGAGCAGGACAAGGUGUUUGACAUGCCGCCCCCAGGCGUCCGGAAAUGCAUCAUCUCCACCAACAUUGCCGAGACGUCGGUGACCAUCGAUGGCGUCCGAUUCGUGGUGGACUCGGGGAAGGUGAAGGAGCUCAGCUACGACCCCAAGGCCAAGCUGCAGCGGCUGCAGGAGUUCUGGAUCAGUCGAGCCAGCGCUGAGCAGCGCAAGGGCCGUGCGGGCCGGACGGGGCCAGGCGUCUGUUACCGGCUCUAUGCCGAGUCGGACUACGACGCCUUUGCGGCCUACCCGGUGCCAGAGAUCCAGCGAGUAGCGCUCGAUGCCUUGGUUCUGCAGAUGAAGAGCAUGGGGCUGGGGGACCCCCGGGCCUUCCCUUUCCUGGAGCCUCCCCCGUCGGCCAGCCUGGAGACGGCCGUGGGCUACCUGAAGCAGCAGGGGGCUCUGGACUCUGAGGAGAACCUCACGCCCAUUGGCAGCCUCCUGGCCGAGCUGCCCGUGGACGUGGUGAUAGGGAAGAUGCUGGUGCUGGGGACCCUCUUUGGCCUGGCUGCGCCCACCUUGACCGCUGCUGCCACCCUCAGCGUGCCCUCGCCGUUCCUACGCAGCAGCAGCGGACGCAGUGACCCUGAUUGGGCCACUGCCCGGCAGCCCCUGGAGAGCCCACUGGGGGAUGCCCUGACACUGCUCAACGUCUUUGACGCCUGGGUGCAGGAGAAAUCCCAGAGUCGCGGUGGAUCCCGCCGCUGGUGUCGGCGUCGGGGCCUGGAGGAGCACCGGCUCUACGAGGCUGCCAACCUGCGGCGCCAGUUCCAGGAGCUGCUCCGGGAUCACCAGCUGCUGGAACCUUCUGCCCGGCCCAGGGACUCCUACACACGACAGAGCCGGCACCGGGAACGCCGGGAGCUGUACCGGCUCAAGCGGGAGCACGAGCAGGGAGAGGGGAGGCGGCGGAAGGUGCUGCGGCUUCCGCGGGAGGAGGACCUGUCCGGCUCUUCCUCCGGAGAAGAAAGGGAGGCCAGACGUGGCCUGGACAUUCAGGAUGUGAAGUUCCAGCUGCGGCACAACGUGGACGAGCUGCGGGCGUCCUCCUCCCUGUCCCACGCGCUCUCGCCGGGCCAGCUGGCCCUCCUGCAGCUGGUCUUGGGCCGAGGCCUCUACCCCCAGCUGGCUGUUCCAGACCCCUUCAACAAGACCCGCAAGGACUCAGAGCAGAUCUUCCACACCAAGGAGAAGGCAGGGGUUGUCCUGCACCCCACCAGCAUGUUCGCCAAGUCUCCGGAGCUGCUCCAGCCAGCCGAGAAAAGACCCUCUGAGCCUGGAGGUCACAAAGAGGGACUGAGCAGCCGCCACCAGAUCCUGGCCUUCGUCUCACUGCUGGAGACCAACAAGCCCUACCUGGUGAACUGCCUCCGUCUUCCUGCACUGCAGGCCCUGCUGCUCUUGGCGCGCUCUCUGGACACCAACGCCGACUGCACGCGCGUCGUGGCUGACUCGUGGCUGGAGCUGCAGAUCCCUGUGGCGGAGGCGGCCCUGCGGAUGCUCCGCACAGCCCUGCAGCUCCGGGCCUCCUGGGAGAAGGUCCUGGACCAGCAGCUGGAGAGCCGGGCAGGCUGCGGAAGGGAGACGGAAGUGGAGGAGCAGCGCCCCAGCGCCCGGGAGGUGCGACAGCUCACCCAGCAGCUGCUGAAGUUCUUGGAGGCUGAGGUGCAGUACGGCCUCCGGCGAAUGACGCCGCUGGAGCAGCAGAGCCUGUACGUGGGGCCGCAGGCGGUGGCUGCUGCGGGAGCAGGGGGGCUUCCCUCCCUCUUCCAGGGGGCAGAGACGGUCCCCGAUGAAGUGAAGGGUGGCCACCGGGUUGGCGCCAUCCUGACCUUUAAUUGCCUGGCGGGCGAAGGGGACCUCUACAGUGAAUGCCUGCGCUGCUUCUGGACGUGUCCGCGGUGCGGCCUGUACAUGCCCUUCACGCCUCUGGAGCGGGUGGCGCACGAGGAUGCUUGCCGGUCCCCAGGGCCCGAGCAGGAUCCCACCCUGGAAGGCCCUGCCGAAGAUGCAGCCGUGCCCUCUUCCGGCCCCUCCAGCCUGCAGCGCCCAUUCCACUGCCCUGACUGCCAGCAGAGCCUCCUUCUCAGCCCCACAGAAAUGCUGCGGCACCGGAAGCAGCACCAGCCCCCCUCUUGAUUGUGGUGGCUCUGGCAGGGGCUGUGAAUCCCGGCCCAGAGGUGGCUGGGCUUCUAUGCCCGGCCCUCUUCCUCUCAUUCUCAGGCCCUUUGGUUUCUCACCCGGAGCUGAGAAGCACCGGGACGUGGGCGGAUCCCGGAAGGGGUUCAGUAAAGGUCUCUCUGUUGGAAUGGAUGGAGCCGGCUCUGCCUCCAAGUGCCCAGUAGGGAGCUUUGCCUGACUUUGGGCCCCAGGGAGACUCCCGCUUGUGGUGGGGAGGGGGGAUUGGAAGCAGCGGGCCUCCUGCCCCCCCUCGCUCUUGAGUCCUGCCCACCGCACCCCAGGCAGCUGGUGCGCGGAACGACCCCUCGCGUGUGGCCUUGGGGUCUGAGGUGCGCCCCAUGGCCUACGGCCAUCUUGCUGCCCGGUGCUUCUUGCUGUCCCUGCUUUGGCGGGCAGGGGGCAGGCCUUGGCUAUUUCACGGGGAGAUAGUGGGAUGGAUCCCCUCAGUGACACGGGCUCUGUGUCGGGGUGCGAGGGAGGACAAGGCGGCACGGUUCAGCCCAAAGGGAAACGUGAAUACCUUGUGGGGAGAUGGGUGGCCCGUGUAAAACAUCACCCCAAAGCCACAAGGGACCAGCUUGCAAUGUACUUCCCCCAUCUGUUCAAUUAAAAGAGAUUCCGUUGAUUUAAA